AGCCAUUUGAAAUUAAAUAUCCCGUAUUCUGUUAGUGUUAGGUUAAGGAACAAAUCAAACUUGUAAUUAAUCGUUCUAAAUUGUGAUUUAUUAGUUACAAUGACUAGCUAAAAGAGCAACAUGUGGUGUUACAAUUUUCUGAUCUCGCUUCAAGCUCGCCAUCACACGAUAACAAUUGUAGGUCACACAGCGCCGUACGCGCAUUAGGGAGCAAGCUUGUGGAAAAUAUCCCUCUUCUUUGGUGCACGCCAUUUUACAAUAAGUGCUGUUCCCAUAUAAUCACGCGGUUUUUAGUUUAUUCAUCGCCUGUGGAGACAAUACUGUAGAACAUUUUUGGUUUGCUUAUGGCGGAAGCAUUUGUAUCCAUUCACUAUGCGAAGCUGUGCCGGCCGAGGGUAUUCUUGACGGCUGAAUUGCUUUCGAGAGGAUUGUGGUUUGCUAAAAUUAAAAUGCCAUCAGCAGAAGUUUGUUAUUUUCAAAGAUAUUACAGUAAAGAGAAAUAUCAACAAGUGAACAAACCAAUCAGCUGCACAGAUGACAGAGGUUUAAAAUCUAUUGGAGUAACAUAGAAAUUUUCAUCAGAUAGGAAGAGCAAACACAGCUCCUCCCUGGUAAACCAGGGUGAUUAACCAACACAAAAUGGCAACACUUUCGCUGAAGAUCAGUGUGGUUGACCAAAGUGUCAUCAAAACGAUGCAGUUUGAGCCAUCCACAAUUGUUUAUGAUGCCUGCCGAAUCAUAAGAGAGAGAAUCCCAGAGGCAAACCCUGGCAAUCCUUCUGAGUAUGGUCUGUUUUUGGCUGAUGAGGACCCAAAAAAAGGAGUAUGGCUUGAGCAAGGCAGAAGUUUAGAAUACUAUCUAUUGAGAAAUGGAGAUCUGCUUGAAUACAAAAGAAAACACAGAAUUUUAAAGGUACGAACACUAGAUGGUGUGCUUAAGACACUACAAGUUGAUGAUUCCCAUACAGUUGGCUCUUUAAUGAUUACAAUCUGUACAAGAAUGGGUAUUACUAAUCAUGAAGAGUAUUCAUUAGUUAGAGACUUACCUGAUGAAGAAAAGGAAAAGACUUUGACUUUAAAAAGGGACAAAUCUAUUGCCAAAGACCAGAAAAGAUUAGAGGAAAUGAAGAAAAAAUUGCAUACUGAUGAUGAAUUGAACUGGCUAGACCAUUCUAAAACUCUUAGAGAGCAAGAUAUUGAUCCUAAUGAAGUGCUUUUACUGAGAAGAAAAUUCUUCUAUUCUGACCAAAAUGUUGAUGCUAGAGACCCUGUGCAGCUUAAUUUACUUUAUGUUCAGUCUCGUGAUGCUAUUUUGAAUGGUACACAUCCAGUAUCAAUGGAGGAAGCCAUCCAAUUUGGAGGCUUGCAAUGUCAAGUUCAGUUUGGUGAUCAUGUAGAAUCCAAACACAAGCCUGGAUUUUUAGAUCUCAAAGAAUUUUUGCCAAAGGAAUAUGUCAAAAUCAAAGGAAUUGAAAAAAAAAUAUUUAUAGAACACAAAAAGUUUGUUGGACUUACAGAAGUUGAAGCUAAAGUUAAAUAUACACAAUUUUGUCGGUCCCUCAAAACAUAUGGUAUUACUUUUUUCCUAGUUAAGGAGAAAAUGAAAGGUAAAAAUAAACUAGUACCGAGGCUGUUGGGAAUUACAAAAGAGAGUGUGGUUAGAGUAGAUGAAAAAACUAAAGAGAUAUUGAAAACAUGGCCUUUAACAACUGUGCGUAGAUGGGCUGCAUCACCUAACAGUUUUACUUUGGAUUUUGGAGACUAUUCAGACACAUAUUACUCUGUUCAGACAACAGAAGGAGAACAAAUUUCACAGCUUAUUGCUGGAUAUAUAGAUAUCAUUCUUAGAAAAAAAAAAGCCAAAGAUCACCUUGGCAUUGAAGGAGAUGAUAAUUCAACUAUGUAUGAGGAAAACGUCCAAGCUGGCCAAGCAACAAUCAUUCAGCAUAAUUUAGGUAAUGUGAAGCAUCCAAGUUCAGGCAAUGUUUCAAUGCCAGGCCUUCUUAGAGAUGGCUAUCAGGGAGAGAACAAAAUUGCUAUGGGCUCUUUAGGACGUGGACAGGUGUCAUCACAGUCUAACAACGCACGGAGUGGCUCUUCAUCUCGGCAUGGAGAACCAUAUGAAUAUGGGGAUGUAAAUGGCUCAUCAAAGACUCCCUCAGCCUUUGACCUUAUUGAUGGGGGUCCUACUAGUGGAAUGCAAUCAGGAUCCAGUGGGCAGACAAUCAUACAGCAGGAACUAACACAAGCACAGAGAGCAUUUAUUCUGACUAUUUCUGAUGGUUUGGGUGCCAUUGAUUCAGCACAAGAUAACCUUAACAAAAAAUCUGAUAUGCCUACUCUUGGAGAUGAUCCAGCUUCCAAAAAAUGGCGUGCGAAUCAGUUAGAUUUAUCAAGACAAAAAGUGGGCUCCCAGCUUUCAGCUAUGAAUGCAGCUACAGCUCAGCUUGUCACCCUAACCUCAGGUGAACAGGAUGACAUUGACUACACAGCUGUUGGCGCUGCUGUCAAUCAAAUAUCCUCAAAUGUAGGAGACUUUAGUCGUGAUGUAAAAAUGCUUGCAACUCUGCAAGAAGGUGAUGACUCUGGUCUGAGAUUACUAGAUGCAGCUCGUGGACUCAUCGGAGCAUUUUCUGACUUGCUGAAAGCAGCUGAACCUGGUAGUACAGAACCAAGACAGAAUUUAUUAACUGCAGCAGGUAGAAUUGGUGAAGCAUCUCAAGAUGUUAUUAAUGAAGUUGGAGAGCAUGUUGAUGAUUUAGAUAAAAUCUAUCAGGAGGCUUUACUUGCCUUAGCCAAAGCUGUUGCAAAUGCAACAGCAUCUCUAGUACUGAAAGCAAAAACAGUUGCUAAUACUGCUGAUGAGCCUAUUCAACAAGAUAGAGUAAUCUCCUCUGCUACACAGUGUGCCUUAGCUACUUCACAACUUGUUGCUUGUACUAAAGUUGUUGCUCCUACAAUUGGUCAUCCAGCAUGCCAAGAGCAACUGAUUGAAGCAGCUAAAUUAGUAGCCAAGUCAGUUGAAGGUAUUGUUGAGUCUUCUCAGGCAGCAUGUAAAGAUGAUCACUUGCUGCAAGACCUUGGAUCUGCUGCUACAGCUGUUACAAAAGCCCUCAAUGAUUUGUUAAUGCAUAUUAAAAAAGCUGCUCAUCCUGCACAUGCAGUAGAACAACAUGAGGAAGCAGUUGACACCAUUAUUAAUGUUACAGACAGGUUAUUCAGUUCUGUGGGAGAUGCUCAUGAAAUGGUUAAACAAGCUAAACAAUUGGCUCAGGCAACUUCAACUCUAGUCAGUGCUAUUAGAGGUCAAGCUGAAGACCAUUCUGAUUCAGACACACAAAGAAGACUAUUGGCAGCUGCCAAACAGCUGGCUGAUGCAACUGCCAAGUUGGUCGAGGCUGCAAAAGGAUGUGCCUCAAGUCCUAAUGACUCCAACCAACAACAGAUGUUAAGAGUUGCAGCUGAAGAAUUGAGAUCUGCAACUAACUCAGCUGCUAGCAACGCUUUGAAAAAAAGGCUUAUGACUAAUCUUGAGUCAUCUGCCAAUCAAGCAGCAGCUGCAGCAACUCAGCUGAUUAAUGCAUCCAAUCAAGCAUACAAAACAAAUCGCAACCCUUCAUCCAACCAACAGAUGAUAACUGCUGCCCAAGGUCUUGAUCAGCAAAUCCCAGCAUUAGUUCAAGCACUACGUGCUGUCCAGCGUCAGCCAGAUAGUGCAACAGCCCAGUUGGCUCUUAUAAAUGCAGCCCAGGAUUUCAUUCAACCAGCUAGUCGCCUAAUUGGAGCUGCAAAUGCAGCAGCACCUACAGUUUCUGAUCAAGCUGCUGCACUAAAUUUACAUAAUGCUGUCAAGUUUAUGUCUAGUGCAAUUGCUGAGCUUAGAUCUUCUGCCAAUAAGGCUCAAGAAGCUUGCACAUCUCUUGAAAUAGAUAGUGCACUUGAUCAACUGGGAGAUCUUGAUCAAGAUUUAGCUGAUAUCAAGCAAGCUGCAAUGGCUGGCAGACUAACUAGACUACCUGGUGAAACAGCUGAAACAUGUUCUACUCAGCUUGGUACAACAUCUAAAACAGUUGGAUCCUCCAUGGCUCAGUUAUUAACUGCUGCUGCCCAGGGUAAUGAAGAUUACGUUGGCAUUGCUGCCAGAGAUACAGUUAAUGCUUUAAAGAUUCUCGUCAGUUCUGUUAGAGGUGUUGCUGCAACUACAGAGGAUAAGCAAAUACAGCAGACAAUUAUAGACAAUGCAAGAGAUGUGAUUCAUCAAUCUAUUAAGCUUUUGGAUGAAGCCAAAAGUGCUAUGAAUGAUCCCAACAAUCCAGAUAACCAGCAAAAGUUAUCUCAGGUUGCUAAAGCAGUCUCAAGUGCUUUGAAUAAUUGUGUCAACUGCCUUCCUGGACAAAGAGAUAUUGAUAAUGCAUUACGAUUAAUUACACAAAAUUCUCAAAAUUUGUCCAAUCCAAGGUUCCCUCCAACUGAUAGAAGCUACCAGGAAGUUCAAAAUGACUUAAACAAUGUAGCAUUGAACUUAAACCAAUCUGCAAGUGAUAUUGUUUCUUCAUCUAGAGAAACCACACAGCAUCUUGCUGCAUCAUCUACAAGAUACAGCCAUCAUUAUGAGGACUUUGUACACACUGGAUUAACUAUUGCUGGACUCUCAAAAGAUUUAGAAACUCAAAACCAAAUUGUAGGAGGCUUGAAAAGUGUUUCCAUGGUAUCAAGCAAACUGUUGAUGGCUGCAAAAUCAGUAUCUGCAGACCCAAAUGCACCAAAUUCAAGAAAUCUUCUUGCACAGGCUGCCAGGGCUGUAACAGAAAGCAUUAACCACUUGUUCAGCAUUUGCACCAUGUCUGCACCAGGACAGAAAGAAUGUGACAAUGCCCUUAGACAAAUUCAGGUAAUUGCUGGCAUGCUUGACAACCCUAAUGAGCCUGUCAGCGAUCUCUCAUAUUUUGAUUCACUUCAGGCAGUUAUGGAAAAAUCACAGGAUCUUGGGAAUGCUAUGACAGGUAUAUCUAACCACGCAAAAAAGCAAGAUAUGAACGAAUUUUGCAAUUCUGUUAGAAAUUUUGCCAAUUCUGUUUGUGGUCUGACAGAAGCUUCAGUUCAG